UCCAAAUGAAGCACAUCUCACUCCGCCAUUUUUGUGGUCAUAGGGUUUGCUUUAACCGGCAACAUCCCACUCCCUUCGAAGCUAACUGCAUACCUCCGGCGAAGGUUGCUGCACUCUCUCCGGCGACAGUUCCCUUCUACGACGACACUUCUCUCCUUCGAACUCCGUGAACUGUGACUAUAAGUUUGACAACCAAACUAGACAAUAGCUAGCUCGGCAAGAUGUCGACCGGGCCUGGACUUGAGUCUCUUGUAGAUCAGCAAAUUUCAGUGAUUACAAAUGAUGGACGAAAUAUAGUGGGUACCCUAAAAGGUUUUGACCAGGCAACGAAUAUAAUUCUUGAUGAGUCCCAUGAACGAGUUUUUUCUACCAAGGAAGGUGUACAGCUAAUUGCUCUCGGUCUAUACAUCAUUAGGGGUGACAACAUAAGUGUUGUCGGUGAACUGGAUGAGGAUCUAGAUAAAAACCUUGAUAAGUCCAAGAUUAGAGCUCAGCCUUUGAAGCCUGUCAUCCACUGAAGUAAACUUAUGUUGUUGUUAGCAGAUGAUUGCUUGCUUGCUUGGUGGAAAGGGUUGAAGCGUUACUAUAUUUUAUACAAUAUUCAGAGGUGAAAUGUGUGUGUAAGAAUAUGCUGACAACAACAUAAUAUACUCAAUGACAAUAAGUAAAUAUUCUGAUUCUGUUGGUUGUUGAUGUUGUAUGGAAAUCAUAGCUUACUACCUGCUGAAUUUUGCAAUGCAACAUGCUAUGUACCAGAUCUUAAGGAACCACCUUUUCUUCUAUCCCUGUCGAUCGUCUCUUUCUUUGAUUGUUUAUCUUAGUGGUUUGAAAUAUUAUUUCACUUUUCUCA